AUGACAGGAGAAAAAGAUCUAGAACGUCAACUAGACGUCGAAGAAAAGGGCGAGGUGGAUCCGAUAGAGAACCGCGAUACCCUGUCGGGCGAAGAAGAGGACGUUCCCGAUCCAGAGAAGCAUCGCCAUCGCCGACACAGUCGCCAGAGCAACUCGAGCCACGUCUCGAACCGCUCCAAUGACACGGACCCCCUGGAGCCGUUGGAGCUAGCGCUGUCUCGCGGCGCCGAGGUGUUCGAGGAGAUCGCGCACAUCCGCACGGCGACGAGCAUCGGCAGCACGGCGUCGCGGCCGCCGGACUACGAGGUCGUCUUCACGGAGAACGACCCGGACAACCCGCGGAACUGGCCACUCUGGUACCGGUCGUGGAUCAUCUUCGCCAUCUCCUUCACCACGUGGGUCGUCGUCUUCUACAGCACCAGCUACACGACCAGCAUCCCGGGCCUCAUACAGGAAUAUGGCGUUUCUUCGACCAUUGCGACGCUGGGCGUAACGACUUACCUCCUUGGGCUCGCGGCGGGGAGUCUGCUCGUCGCGCCUGCGAGUGAGCUGUACGGCCGUCGGAAGGUUUAUAUCUUCUGCAUGAUUGUAUUCACGGCCUUGAUACUUCCGUGCUGUCUCGCUACGUCGAUAGAAGAAGUUAUCAUCGUCCGGUUCUUCAGCGCAGUAUUCGGCGCCGUCAUGGUCUGCAACAGCUCCGGCACCGUAGUCGACAUCUCGCACGAAGAGCACCGCGGCCUCGUAAUGUCGCUCUGGAGUCUCGCCCCCCUCAACGGGCCCGUCACGGGCGGAGUCAUCGGCGGCUUCGUGUACCAGUACCUCGGCUGGCGAUGGGAAAACUGGAUCGUCCUCAUACUGGCCGGGGUGGGGACCAUCUGCAUGACUUUGACGAGAGAAACGUACGCGCCGACGAUUUUGCAGAAAAAGGCCGCGCGGAAGCGCAAGGAGACGGACGAUGAGAGGUGGUGGUGCCGCUACGAUGAGAAGCUGUCGAAAGCCGCGCUCGUGAAGAUCAGCCUGCUGCGCCCCUUUGUGCUCGCGCUCACGGAGCCGAUUUUGUGGUUCUUUAAUGUUUGGAUAUCUCUAAUCUAUGGCAUCCUCUACCUCUGCUUUGUCGCCUACCCCAUCGUCUUCUCCCAACACCGCGGCUGGGGUCCCGGAUCCUCGGGGCUGGCAUUCGUAGGCAUCGGCAUCGGCACCAUGGUCGCAAUCUGCGGCGAGAAGCUCUUCCGAAAGAUAAUAAACACGCACCCCAAAGACCCACUAACGGGCCGUGUGCCGCCCGAGGCAACCGCGCGGGUCAUGAUCAUCGGGAGCAUCCUCGUCUCGAUCGGCCAGCUCGGGUUCUCCUGGACCUGCCUCCCCGAGUCGAUCCACCCGCUCAUCCCCAUCGCGUUCGGGAUCCCCUUCGGCUGCGGCAACAGCCUCAGCUUCAUAUACGGAUCGAACUACCUCGCCAGCGCGUACGGGAUCUACGCCGCGUCGGCACUGGCAGGCAACGCCUUGACGCGGAGUCUGUUCGGCGGGCUUCUCCCGCUGGCCGGCCCGUCCAUGUACGCGGCGCUGACGCCGCAGUGGGCCGGCACCAUGCUAGGGUUGAUGGAGGCGAUCAUGAUACCCGUGCCGAUCAUCUUCUACAGGUACGGCAAGGCCAUUCGCGCCAAGUCGCCGGUGAUUCGGCAGAUGCGAGCCGAUCAGGAGAGGAAUGAGCGUCGCGAGAGGACGCGGCAGCGGAAGGCGAGGCCGCAGCAGCACGAGGUAAAUAACGCUGAAGCAGGGUUGGCACAGGGAGUUCGCGAGAGUCCGGUGAACAGGGACCCGGAGAAAGGGGUCGGUGGCGGGCCGAUCGUGGGUGCCUGA